AUGAGCAAAUUGAAUAGAGUAGUUGUCACAGGUUUAGGGUGCAUGACACCUCUAGGUAGAACUGUGGGGCAAUCUUGGAACAACUUACUGAAAGGUAAUUCAGGGUUAGUUCCAGUGACUUCCUUGACAAAUUAUGCAGAUGAUUUCGAACAGUUCAAGAAACAUAUUCCAGAUAGUGUUAAUGUUGGCGUUAUACCAAGCCAAAUUGACAAUAAUUCAAAUAUUCCAGAUAGUUUAUUAAAUGAUCAGGAUAGGAGAAGGAUGUCAAAGUUUUCUCAAUUAGCUAUAACGUCUUCCUACGAGGCAUUGAAAGAUGCUAGUCUAUUAAACACCCCUGAUCAGAUCACUAUUUCAGAUUCGAUAGAUUUAAAUCGGUUUGGUUGUAUUAUUGGAUCUGGUAUAGCUUCAAUUAAUGAUAUUUUCGAAGCUACUAAAAAUUUAGUAAUUGAUCCUAAUAAGAAGAUAUCUCCUUUUUUCAUCCCAAAGAUUUUAACAAACAUGGCUGCUGGUAAUGUUUCUAUCAAGUUUAAAUUAAAAGGUCCCUUACAUUCCUCUUCUACAGCAUGUGCCACAGGAAACAACUCUAUUGGUGAUGCAUAUAAUCUAAUUCGAUUGGGGAAGCAAGAUCUUUGUAUUGCUGGCGCUACUGAAGCUGCUAUCCAUCCCUUAUCAUUAAUCGGAUUUUUAAGAGUCAAGAGUAUAACUGUUGAUGGGAUUUCAAGACCAUUUGAUGAUGAAAGGUCGGGCUUUGUAUUAUCAGAAGGUUGUGGAAUGUUAGUAUUGGAAAAUUUGGAACAUGCACAAAGGAGAAAUGCCAAAAUAUAUGCUGAGAUUAUAGGUUAUGGGUUAUCAAGUGAUGGAUAUCAUAUCACUACACCAAGCAAAAACGGCGAAGGUGCAAGGAGAGCUAUAGAGAUGGCUUUACAAGAAGGUGCGGAUUCCAAUCAUAAUUUCAACAAUUCAAAGAUUUAUAUAAAUUCACAUGCCACUUCUACAAAAUUAGGAGAUGAAGCUGAAAUUAUUGCUAUUAAGAAUUCUAUAAUUGAUAAUCCAAUUAAAGAUCUAAAUUUCCAAAAGGGGUACGUUUCAAGUAAUAAAGGUGCUAUUGGACAUCUAUUAGGCGCUGCAGGUGCAGUGGAAAGCAUAUUUAGCAUUUUGUCUCUUCAAAAGGGUCAAUUACCAAAUACUUUAAAUUUACAAAAUGUGGACGGACUUGUUCAAAAUUGCAAUAUUGGGGAAUAUAUUGAACCUGAAAAAUUGAAAAUUUUAAUGCACCAUGAAAAUGGUAUUGUGGAUAAUGAAAUUAAUUAUUCUAUAUGUAAUAGUUUUGGAUUUGGUGGCGUGAACACUUCGUUGUUAUUCAAAAAAUGGAUACCUUAG